GUACCAUACUGUGUCUCCUUGGGUGCAUUUGACCGCUGCUAGACACCCGUCGGUCUCGCUCUGGCGUGCGGUUUGCACUGGCUGGUACCGGUAUAUAUGUAUACAGUGAUGUUGGGCAUGCGAUUUCAGCUGCACCUAGAUCAGAGCCAGAAUAGUAUCGGUUUCGACGACGCGAACUGAUUGCAACAGGCGAUUGGGAUCUGCUGGCUUGCCGCUAUCAGUGCACGUAGAAACUGGAGACAGUGUGUGGGUUGCUAUUAGUCUUCUACGCGUCUAGAAACCGGUCAGUUGUCUAGGCAGAGUGCGUGCGAGCAUGUCGAGUGGGUCUGACGUCGGUGUGGAUCUUGCGGAGCUUGAUACUCAAGCAAGGACCAAAGCGCGUCGCAAACGAGCUGCGCUGAGAGAGCAGAGACGCUCACAGGAGCUCAACAAGGCGUUCGACGAACUACAAAAGUGUCUACCGUUUAUCCCUGUGCGUUCACGAGUCUCCAAAAAGACGGUCCUCGAGUUAGCCAUCGAGUACAUUCGUCAAAUGCAAGACCAAUUGCUCGACGAUUCAGCGAAUGGGAGAGGAAAGCUCAACGUGGGCUCGAGCGGCGAUGACGUUAUCGAAAUGCUCUGCGCGUCGGAUUGUAGUCCGCAAGGGAGUCAAUCGGCGGUGGACGCGAACGCUGCGAGUUCUUCGAGGGAUUUGCUCUGUCACCAGCAGCUCGGCGUUUGUCAUAUGUGUGGCUGUGAUGCAGUCGAACAUUGCAUGUCACCAGUAAUCGGUGUGUGCGCAAGUUUUAAUUCAUAAAAGCUGACAAGUUGUUGUUGUGCUCUAGACGUUGCGUUUGAUUUUUAUGUAUCGAGUAAGCUUGUAAUGUAUGUACUAGCUGUCGUGCGUGUACUGUAUGUGCAUGUACUGUAUGUGCAUGGACUGUUAUUUUUGUAAUCUGUUUAGUUGACUAAUUAUUCUGUAGAAAAAGAUGUUGAGAUGAACGAU